GUAAAAGAUGCUAUCGAUUUGUUUACACUACGACGUCAUGCUGUAAAAAUUAUUAGUAAAUUAGGUGUAAGAAAAAUUCCCGGUGGUUGGAAUCAAGCAUUGCAUGAAGCAAGUUUAAUGCGAAGAUUAUCUGCUUGUCGACAUGUUGUAUCAUUAGUUAUUGUAUUACGUUUAGCCAAUCCUGAUCGAUUAUGUUUAGUUAUGGAACAUUGUCUUGGUUCUGUACAUGAUUUACAAGCAUCCGGUGUACCAUCGCAUACAGCUAUCAGUUCGGAUGAUAAUGAAUUUGAAUCAAGCGAAUUCAAUGUCCAAUCAUCCAAUAUGAAAUUUAAUGAAAAUAUUACAAAAAAUCAAAUUAAAAAAACUAAUGAAUCUCCUGUAAAAUUGAAUAAAUCUCGUCUAUUUCAUCCUAGAUUAUCAAUGAUAUCAACACAGAAUAAUCAAGAGACAGAUGUAAAAUUAGAUAAAUUAAAAAAUCGUAAAGUAUCCUCUGUAGAACAAUCAACCGGUAAACGUAAAUCUUCUCAUCAACAACAACAACAACAGCAGCAACAACAAUUUCGUCGACUUUCUGAAGCACAAGCACAUGCUUAUUUUAUACAG